AUGCAGCCCUACAGCAUCUUCACUCUUGUGAGUAACUACAGCUCAGAAAAGGAGCAGACGGGCCGCAGCGCAUUUGUUCAACCAGAUUGCAGUCAGUGUAUUAUCGAAGAAGGAAUUUGCGAAAUUGGAGCACUCUGUCUACAGGAAUCUCUGCGUUAUUCUUAUUGGAGUCCCUUAGACCUGCGAGAAGAGAAAUGCGAUCUUGAUAAUCAAUUCUUCUUAUACACCUCUGUCUCUCCAGUGCAGAAGUUAUUGAGGAUAGUCGUUGAUGAUGUAGAUGAAAUAGAUCGCGCUGAUGAUCUAGAAGAAUUCGAUUCUGACUGUGAGCAUGGGAGCGAGGAAUCAGACUCUGACCGGGACUCGUGGAACGUUGACUACAAUGACUAUUCGAGUGGGGCUUCGGAUUCCGACCCAGAAAUAGAGCCUGAAUCAUCUGCAGCUCCUGUUGAAGCCAUUAGCAUCCAUCCUUCUGCGGAUUUUGGUACCGGGGAAAGCUCACUUAUGCCGGGUGGCUCAGAGAGUCCAGAACUAGACGAGAGUGUCAUUGCGAAGGCCAAUGAAAUAGCAACUGAGAUUUGUGCUCGGAGGUGCAUGAUUACCAAUGGAUUAAGUCGACUCUCGAUGAUGAAAACGAUCAAAGACAUUGUAACGACUCCCGUACAGAACCGUAUGACUAUCUGCCCCGUAUUUUUUACGUGA